UCAGGCCCAGCCUCAGCCUCAGGCCCAGCCUCAGCCCCAACAUCAAGCCCAGCCCAAGCCUCAGCCCAAACCCCCGCCUCAGCCCUUCCCCACAACCUUUCUCCUGGCCCAACCCUUCCAAACAGCACAGAACCAAACUGUUAUGUUGUCUAAACAGAAUGUCCCCCUGAUGAUAUUUACACUUCCCUAUGUGCAAAGCCCUGCGGCGCAAAGUGAGGAAGUCAAAGGUGUGGAAAGCACUACGUUGCACAACUACAACGUUCCUUGUUCUUGCCAGGUGUGUGGGCAAUCAUUUGACUUCACGCGUCAUUUGAUAAGACAUGUUCAGAUGCACUUAGAGGAGCAAAACCGUUUGUGUGGUUUGUGUGGGAAGGUCCUUGAGCCUGCAGAGAACAUGGCGGUUCACCUGCAAACUCACAGUCUAAUGAAAACUUUUUGUCAUAUUUGUGGCAAAUGUUUCCCUAAGAAUUCUGAGCUGAAAUAUCAUAUAAGUAUUUAUCACUAUGUGGAGAAGCCACAUCUGUGCGAAAUGUGUGGGAAAACCUUCCGACAUGGCAAGGCCCUUAAAGAGCAUCAUACGUCCUUUCACAUAGAGGGACGAGAUAAGCCGUAUAAAUGCCAUUUGUGCAGAAAAGGCUUCUCGGGAGAAAGACAAGUUAAACUCCACCAGUUAACUCACACUGGAGAGAAACCGUAUCAGUGUGAAGAUUGUGGCAUGUGCUUCAGGGAGAAGAAUACUCUUAAAGGGCACAUGAGGACUCACACAGGAGAGAAACCAUAUAAGUGCAGAGAGUGUGGAAAAUGCUUUAGAUUGUUAGGUGCUUUAAAAUGUCACCUACUAACUCACACUGGAGAGAAACCGUAUCGCUGCAACGUCUGUGGCAGAUGCUUCAGUCAGUCCUCAUCCCGCAAUACUCACAUGAAAACUCACAAAAUGGCUCACGCAGUAGAGAGUCCACAGAGUGCAGAGAGACCCCAGAGUGCAGAGAGACCCCAGAGUGCAGAGAGACCCCAGAGUGCAGAGAGACCCCAGAGUGCAGAAAAGGCUUUGUCGGAGUAGGAUCUCUAAAAUGCUGGUCCAAUGGAGAGACACCAUAGCUUAGAUCCCCCUCACAACACAUAUGAACAUUUACUAAAGGGAGAACCCACAACCUGCCUUAGAAGUUGGAAAAGUGGCAUGUUCUGACACCUUUUAGAAGACAAAGACAUGCCCCUAAAGUCACUUCUCUUGUUUAAAUACAUUGUGAAUUAGCAGUUUGAAAACAUCGCUAAAAACAUUCCACAGUACAUGUCAUUUUCACAAAGAGGAGUCGGCAGCAUGUGGUCAACUUGUCUGUCCCAAAUUGUUAUGAGACUGCCGACUGGUCCCUAAAAUGUCUUAGUCUCACAGUUACAGAUUGAUUCAUUUCUUUAUGUUUUGGUUAAAAAGUAUUGUAGCUUCCAGAGGAUAACACAAUAAAAUAUUUUGUACUGUUUUUCAACCACAGAAGGGACACACUUCUUAUAAUAAUGAGAAUGCAUAUUCACUGAAUAGGUUUUUCUCCUCCAUGUAGUCUUACUGUUGGUUAAACCUUAAGAUGUAUGAGAACUGAACGUUUUUUUCUAAAGGCAUUUUGAGAUCAUAUAGCGUGCAUACUAAACUCAGCAAAAAAAGAAACAUCCUCACUGUCAACUGUGUUUAUUUUCAGCAAACUUAACAUGUGUAAAUAUUUGUAUGAACAUAAGAUUCAACAACUGAGACAUAAACUGAACAAGUUCCACAGACGUGACUAACAGAAAUGGAAUAAUGUGUACCUGAACAAAGGGGGGGUCAAAAUCAAAAGUAACAGUCAGUGUCUGGUGUGGCCACCAGCUGCAUUAAGUACUGUAGUGCAUCUCUUCCUCAUGGACUGCACCAGAUUGGCCAGUUCUUGCUGUGAGAUGUUACCCCGCUCUUCCACCAAAGGAAGGUUCCCGGACAUUUCUGGGGAAUAGGCCCUAACCCUCACCCGCCGAUCCAACCGGUCCCAGACGUGCUCAAUGGGAUUGAGAUCGGGGUUCUUCGCUGGCCAUGGCAGAACACUGACAUUCCUGUCUUGCAGGAAAUCACACACAGAACGAGCAGUAUGGCUGGUGGCAUUGUCAUGUUGGAGGGUCAUGUCAGGAUGAGCCUGCAGGAAGGGUACCACAUGAGGGAGGUGGAAGUCUCCCCUUAAUGCACAGCGUUGAGAUUGCCUGCCAUGACAACAAGCUCAGUCCGAUGAUGCUGUGACACACCGCCCCAGACCAUGACGGACCCUCCAAAUCGAUCUCUCUCCAGAGUACAGGCUUCGGUGUAACGCUCAUUCCUUCGACGAUAAACGCGAAUCCGACCAUCACCCCUGGUGAGACAAAACCGCUACUCGUCAGUGAAGAGCACUUUUUGCCAGUCCUGUCUGGUCCAGCGACGGUGAUGUUGUUGCCGGUGAUGCUUGGUCAGGACCUGCCUUUACAACAGGUCUACAAUCCCUCAGUCCAGCCUCUCUCAGCCUAUUGCGGACACUGAUGGAGGGAUUGUGCGUUCCUGGUGUAACUCGGGCAGUUGUUGCCAUCCUGUACCUGUCCCACAUGUGUGAUGUUCGGAUGUACCAAUCCUGUGCAGGUGUUGUUACACAUGGUCUGCCAAUGCGAGGACGAUCAGCUGUCCGUCCAGUCUCCCUGUAUAGCUGUCUUAGGCGUAUCACAGUACGGACAUUGCAAUUUAUUGCCCUGGCCACAUCUGUAGUCCUCAUGCCUCCUUGCAGCAUGCCUAAGGCACGUUCACGCAGCUGAGCAGGGACCAUGGGCAUCUUUCGUUUGGUGUUUUUCAGAGUCAGUAGAAAGGCCUCUUUAGUCUCCUAAGUUUUCAUAACUGUGACCGUAAAUGCCUACCAUCUGUAAGCUGUUAGUGUCUAAAUGACCGUUCCACAGGCGCAUGUUCAUUAAUUGUUUAUUGUUCAUUGAACAAGCAUGGGAAACAGUGUGAAGUUAUUUGGAUUUUUACGAAUUAUCUUUGAAAGACAAGUGUCCUGAAAACGGGAUGUUUCUUUUUUUUGCUGAGUUUAGAUAGUCGACUUGGUCUCAAAGAAACUGUUGUCUUUGCUGUUGUUAUCUUUGUUUCACUCCAGUCCCAGAAGGUGGCGAUAAUGCGCCAACUUGAUUGUUGUUGGGUGCCCCCUGAACCGUAGAAGAAGACUUUCAAUCGUAAACAACUAGCUAACGUUAGCUGGCUGCUAGUGUGCGUUUCAUUUCGCAAUAAUGGCCAAAUUGGAGUUGCUAAGUUUGUUUCUCACUGAACGAUUAACGUCAGCUGCACAGGAUAUAUAUAAAAUGGUAGAAGAAACGUUUGCAGAAUACCAAGCAGAGAUCACUUACGUAAAGAGAGAGAAUGAAUUUCUACGGAAGCAGUUAAAUGCUAACAGACCGAGAAAAGUGAACGUAAAACGAGGUCUACGACAGAUCACCCGCACUGUCUCUGUAGCAGUAGCUCCCCCAAAGCUGCAGCAGCAUUGUGAGCAGGAGUCGAGCCCCAGUCUGGGGAAGGAGGUUUCACAAACUGAGGGCAAGAAGCAAGAAGCAAGGACCAGUCAGGGGGAAGAGCAGCUUCAAGAGACUGGAACAACAGAAUUGAUGCCUACACCCACCACUCACUGUUGCAGCAAAGACAAUGAUCUUGGCCCAUCUAAAACAUUGACCCAGAUCCAGCCCAAGCCCUUACCCUCCUUACCCAUACCCCUUCUCCUGGCUCAGCCCGCACAGCCCUUCCAAAUCGCACAGAACCAAGCCGUCGUCUUAUCUCAUCAGAUAUCGCCUCUGGUCAUUCAGGUUGUAAAGAAAUUGUUUAUUUGUAAAGACUGUGGGAAGACUUUCCGUUACAUGAGUCGUUUGAAACAGCACACACGCAUGGCUCACACGCAGGAAAAACCCCACUGCUGUACGUUGUGUGGAAAGUGUUUUCUUACCGCCAGCAAGUUAAAAACACACCAGCUAAUACACACCGGCGAGAGACCCUACCUCUGUAAUGUCUGUGGUCACUGUUUCAACCAGAGGUCGAACCUCAAAGUACACAUGCAGAGGAAACACAAAGAUGUCAAGGGUGUGUAACAAAAAAAUAUAUAGCAUACAGUAUAUGGAUUUACAUUCAUAUUUACAUUUUAGUCAUUUAGAAGAUGCUCUUAGCCAGAGCGACUUACAGUUAAUGCAUUCAUCUUCAGAUAGCUAGGUGGGAUGAUGAUGAAAAGGUUAUGUGGGAAAAAGACAGCAAAAAUAAAUAAAGUUGUGUGUAAGACACACAUCUCCCCAACCCCUACACUCAGGUGUAUGUCAGUGGAGGCUGAGGGGAGAACGGCUCAUAUAAGUCUGGACCGGGGCGAAUGGAAUGGCAUCAAACAUUGUGUUUGAUGUAAUUAAUACCAAUCCUCAAAUUCCCCUCCAGCCAUUACCACGAGCCCGUCCUCCCCAAUUAAGGUGCCACCACCCUCCUGUGGUGUACAUAAUUUCUCCUCCCUUUCUUCCCUGUAUUGUUGUCUCAAAUCAUAAACUACAUUAAAGAUGUAAAACAGCCUGUUUUCUUUUACAGGCUCCAACCUCUAACUUGUAUCAUAUUUUGGCUCUAAUUGCUGGACAGGUCUUGCAUGGUAAGAUGCUUUUUUGCUCAGCUAAAAAGCCAAUUCAGUCGACCCCUGAUAAAGUGCACAUUGGUUAAUUGCACCAGUCUAUACAAAACAGUCUCAAGUCAGAUGGUGUGUUCUAGAUACACACACCCACAAAUUAUGAGAGGAUUCAUAUGUUAUUUCAAUGUGUGGAAGAUGGUAAACACUUUUCCAGGCACUGCAUAAGUAGUUGGCUGUAUUUUGUAUGCAAAAUUCACCUGGGUAUACCACUCAAAGCUCACUCAUUGGUAUUCACUUUUGUAGCCUGUGGUAGGUGGCCCAAAAUUAACAAGCCCUUUUUAACCUACAUAAACCUUUUCAAAAUCUUUACUGUUGUGCUGUCUUCCAUAAGAACACCCUGCACAGUAAUGAAGAAUAUGGAUUAACGUGUACAAUGCAUUCCUUUUCAGCAUUCCUUGAGAGCUGAACAUGAUGUUUGGGUUUGGCCCUCUCAUAUUUAGGGCCUCACGUUUUCCUAUUAUUACGGUAACAGCGGGCAUUCCUUAUCACGUGAUCAGCGAGAGCAUCUUUUAGGUCCAUUUUGGAUGAUAGCGAGAGCUCUUGUAGCUAGCUACGACACCCGAAAAUGACUAAAUUGCAGUUUUUAAAUGUAUUUUUGACCGAGCGGCUUAUGCUCGCUGCCCAGGAGAUCUAUAAAUCUGUCGAAGACACGAUUUUGGAAUACCAAGAGGAGAUUGCGCUCAGGGAGAGGGAGAACGACCAUCUGAGACGUAGGCUUCGAGACGCUGGGAUUGAAAUAUGGCCAGACCGUCAGUCCAUGGCACUAUUGGAGGAGGAGGAUGGCGAGCAUCCCCGCCGGGAAUGGAGCCCCAGUAUGGGCCAUGAGGAGCGCAUCCCCAUCCUGGUCAAGGAGAAACGGGAGCUCAGGUACAGCCAGGGGGACGAACAGCUUCGCGGCCACGGCUCCUGCAGCACCCCAGAGUCCAUGUUCACCCCUCCCCGCGUCAGCAACGAAUACCCCCAGGACCCUCCCCAGUCCUCCAACCUGCCCCAGAACCCAUCGGUGGAGAACAGAGAGAGGGAGCCUGGUCCCAGAAGCUCAUCCAGACACGUCAAAUCAGAAGGGUCCCACAGAGGCUCAUCGUCGUCUUCAUCCAACAGCGGCCCGCAGCCCCUGGCCACGGUCAACCCCAACUGCUCCAACGAGAACAUUGACAUCAUCGGGGUGGAGAACGGAGGGCAGAUGUCGGCAUCUAAAGGACGAGCCGGCGGGAGCAGAGGUCAGGGCUCCCACUUAGGCAACCAGGGCGCUAAUUCCACCGCGGCCGCAGAGUGUGGAAAAUCUCCUCUCCAGGUGCAUGUGUCGUCGUUCUGCUGCAGGGUGUGCGGGGAGACGUUCAGCCACGUCGGACACCUGCAUGUCCACGUCCAGGUGCACACCCGAGAAAAGCCGUAUCGCUGCGGGGUGUGUGGAAAGUGCUGCAGCUCCUCCGGCAGGCUCCAGGAGCAUGCCAGGAGUCACACUGGAGAGAAGCCGUACCGCUGCCAGAGCUGUGGAAAAGGAUUUACCCAGAUGGCCCAUCUGAAGGUCCACAUGCGUAUCCACACAGGAGAGAAACCCUACAGCUGCCCCGUGUGUGGCAAGUGUUUCAGCCGCUCUGACAAAAUCAAACGUCACCUCCAGACCCACAGCCGCGAGGGCACCUACUUCUCGGGGCAGUGAGAUGAGGGAGACGCCACCGCUGGUGGUUGUUGUUAAUGAAAGACGGAGUCUCGGUAUAUGAAUUGCUGAUUAUGGGACAUUUUUAAAAAGCUAAAAUUGCUGCCACUAAGACGAGGCUUGUUUUUUCUCACUCUCUCUCUCUGAGCUAUUCUGUGACUUUCUUAGAAUGUUUUAUCUCUCCUAAGUAACAGUUCUCUCCAUGCCAUAUUCUAUCUCUCAUGCAAUAGGAUUUGUAUUGCAGUAUAGUCAAUUUAGUAUGUGUCCAUUUUUUUCUUUUUGUACUUGAGUUAUUAGCUAGUAUUUCCUAAUUAUUUAGUAUUUUAGUAAUAAGCUUGAUAGCAUGAUGAUAAUGAAGUCUUCCGCUAUGCGCCUUGAACGGAGUGCAUUCAGGAUUGCAACAAUGCAGCGUUCCAAAACGUGGUCUUGCCCCAGUCGAUUUGCACAGGGCUAAUUUACACCAAUUUCAAGUUUCUAAAAGCAAUGGUUGUUUUUAGAAUUUUAUUUAUAUUUGAUAAAGUAUAUCACAGCUUCUUCUGACACCCUGAAAUCUGAUUUCCUGAAUCACCUGACUGAAAUUCGUAAGCUGUUUUUGUGUUUUUUUAUGAACACUGGCUAACCGUAUGGGCAUUGUUUAUAAACAGUUGUCCAUUCUUUGAGUUUCCAAAUAUGGAUAUAAAGUAGACAUAUUAGCCGUUGUUAGUUCGGGUGAGGUCAGGGGUGGGCAUUACGGUUAACAAUAGAAUACAGCAGGCAGGGCUAUGUUUCUGUUUCUGUACGGUUAGCAACCUAAAGCCUCCCUGAUAUACCCAAUGUUAAAGAAGCAUUGCCUCUCCCUCAAUCACACCAACAGCGUCAUUGCAUUUUGGUACACCAGAAGUAUUCUGAACAAAAAUAUAAACUCAACAUUUUCAACUAUUUUACUGAGUUUAUAUUAUGAAAUCAGUCAAUUGAAAUAAAUUCAUAAGGCCCUAAUCUAUGGAUUUCCUGUGAAUGGGCAGGGGCACAGCCAUGUUUGGGCCUUGGAGGCCAUAGGCCCACCCACUGAGGAGCCAGGGCCAGCCAGUCAGAAUGAGUUUUUCCUACAAAGGUGCUUUAUUAUAGACACAUAUCCCUUAGUUUAAUAAGCUGUCCGGGUGGCUGGUCACAGACAAUCCAGCAAGUGAAGAAGUCGGAUGUGGAGCUUCAGGGCUGGCGUGGUUACACUUGAUCUGUGGUUCUGAGGCCGGUUGGACGUACUGCCAAAUUCUCUAAAACAACUUUGGAGGCGGCUUAUGGUAGAGAAAUUAACUUAACAUUCUCUGGCAACAGCUUUGGUGGACAUUCCUGCAGUCAGCAUGCCCAGCAUGCCCCUCCCUCAACUUGAGAUGUCUGUGGCAUUCUGUUGUGUGACAAAACUGCACAUUUUAGAGUGGCCUUUUAUUGUCCCCAGCACAGGGUGCACCUGUGUCAUGAUCAGCUUGAUGAUAUUCCACACCUGUCAGGUGGAUGGAUUAUCUUGGUAAACAAAAAAUGCUCAAUAACAGGGAUGUAAACAAAUUUGUGCAAAACAUUUGAGAGAAAUACGCUUUUUUGUGCGUAUGAAACAUUUCUGGCAUCUUUUAUUUCCGCUAAUGAAACAUGGGACUAAUACUUUAUAUGUUACUUUUUUAUAUUUUUGUUCAGUGUACAUACAUUUCCAAUAGAACGUUGCAUUGCAGUGCGUUCUGUGUGGUGCAUGUGUUGGAUAUAUCCAACCUAUGCAUCAAAUUGUAUGGUAGAGAUACACGUUCAGUGCGUUUGCGUAGCAACGCAAAAUGAUAUGCAAUGGCGCUGUCGGUCUGAUCAAGGCAUUAGUCACGGUUGCAGAACUGUACACUGCCACCUGAAUUUCAGUCAACUUGUAACUGAUACAAUAAAAACAUAUUAUCACAGAGGAGUCAACAUUGAGACUGCUAUUCUGCAAGAUACAUUUGACCUUGGUGAUGAUCAUUCUGUGUAUGACCACUAUCUAUCCCCCACCUCUGAUGCAGAUAGGGUUGAUGUGUCCUAUGACCUGCACUACUACAGUAUUUAACCAACACGGUGCAGAGAAAGACCGAUUCCUCAGCUGAGUCAUACAGUAUUUUACCAUGUAUGUGUCUGUGAUGCUUGUUUCAAGACGAUUGGUCCAGAGCUAGGUGCUGCUGCACAUAUAUUUACUAUACUAAAUAUCUAGUAAUGGUGGCCAGUUGUUUGGAAGUGUAAAAUACAUUUUUUCAGACCCAGAUCAAGGUUUCUCCUGGAAUAAAAAGCACUUUAGUGUAUAUUGUGAAAGCAUUUAAUCCAGGAGUAUUAAAUGCCGAGCUGAGACCAAUGUUCAUGAACAAGCAGUAGGCCUGUGGCCCAUACCAGAUACAAUAGGGGCUUGGGGUUGUCACAAGACAGGGCCUUUAUCACCUCUCAGGACUGAGGCUACUACAGUAGGCCGUCUAACUCAACCGACAUCCGUCCAGUCUCUUUCCUACAGUCUAUUCUGGGACACCGCUGCUCCCACACACAUUACUGUACAGUGUUGUAUCAUUGUGUACUAAAUGUUAUUUUUUAAUAAACUAGUAACUGAC